AUGUGUGAUUUAGAAGGUCAUGGUUUCAUAUUUUCCCUCAACUCAAUCGCUCUGUUACUCUUUCUUUCUGCAGAAGAAGAUGAGGAGCAGGGAGAGGGAGAACGUCCCAAAUACAAGCCACUGGUCACACAGCUCGCUGCCCCUAAAAUCCCUGAGGGGGAGAGGGUUGACUUUGAUGAUAUCCAUAGGAAAAGGAUGGAGAAAGAUCUUCUGGAGCUGCAGACUCUGAUUGAUGUCCAUUUUGAGCAGAGGAAGAAAGAGGAAGAGGAGCUGAUUGGACUCAAAGACAGGAUUGAAAGCCGCCGGGCAGAAAGAGCUGAGCAGCAGCGUGUGAGGGCUGAAAAAGAGCGGGACAGACAGACACGGAUUGCGGAGGAGAGACAGAGGAAAGAGGAUGAAGAGGCCAAGAAGAGGGCAGAGGAUGAGGCAAAGAAGAAGAAAGUGCUCUCUAACAUGGGUGCUCACUUUGGAGGGUUCCUGGCCAAGGUAGAGCAGAGGCGAGGCAAAAGGCAAACAGCCAGGGAAAUAAAGAAGAAGACUCUGGCGGAGAGACGCAAGCCACUGGCUGUUGAGAACCUGAGAGAGGAAACCCUGAGAGAGAAAGCCAAGGAGAUGUGGGAAUGCAUAUACCAACUGGAGUCAGAGAAAUUUGACCUGACUGAAAAGAUGAGGAGGCAGAAGUAUGAGCAAAAAGGUCCAUGGUAA